AUGACAAUGGAAUCACGAAUUGAUCCAGAAAAAUUAUUACAUGAAUUUGGAAAAUAUGGCAAAUAUCAGAUGCGUGCAUGUCUACUAAUAAUGAUACCUGCAUUUUUCUAUUCCUCACAAAUGUUUAUUAUGGGAUUUAUCGGUCAACCACCAUCUUUCGAAUGUAGUAUUAUCAUUAAUCAACCCAAUUCUACCAUUUCUCAACAAACUUAUCAAAUACUUGACAAUUGCCGUGUGCUCGAAUUAGAGACCAAUAAAACAAUGCAAUGCUUAGCAGUGCCUAAUUCAACAUAUCUAUUUGACGAGGAAGUUCCCUUUUCUACGCUAAAUUCCGAGUUCAAUUUGGUAUGCGACAAUGAGCAUUGGGCAGAGCAUGGUUCAUCACUGUUUAUGCUUGGAGGACUAUUCACACCUGUAAUUACUCAAUUAUCUGAUCUUUAUGGUCGCCGGAAAUUGAUGUUAUUCUCAUUAUGGACUGCUACCAUUAUGGCUAAUAUUUGUCCGCUAGCACCAACGGCCCUUACAUUUGUGGCUUGUCGUUUCAUGCUUGGUGUCGCAAUUUUGGCUAUUUAUGCUAUAAUGUGGAUAAUGUGUUGUGAAUCAGUGGCAGUGGAAUUUCGAUCGUUAAUCCCGAUGGUAUACACUUCUGCCUGGGUAACGGGAAUUAUGCUCGUUGGUAUUCUAAGAAUUUGGAUACUAAACUGGCGAUGGCUUUAUUUUGCAAUAUCUGUCCCAAGUAUACUUAGCGCCUUAUAUUAUUGGUUAUUGCCGGAAUCACCGUAUUGGUCAAUUACUCACAACAAACAUCACACCAUAGAACAGUAA